AUUCCUCAAGCACUAGAUACAUUUUCAAUCAAGUUUUUAAAACUACAGCUAGAAUGGCAGAUUUCAUGGAGAAAGCGAUGAAUUUCGUGUCGGAGAAGGUGGGGAACAUGGAGAAACCGGAGGCUGACAUCACGGAUUUUGAUCUGAAAAAAGUUAGCAUGGACAGUAUUUCAUAUCAUGCCAAAGUGGCGGUGAAGAACCCUUACUCUGUUCCUGUACCCAUCAUGCAGAUCUCUUACACUCUCAAAUGCUCCGGAAGGGUUAUAGUAUCAGGAACAAUUCCGGAUCCAGGGAAUAUAAAGGCAAAUGACACAACCAUUUUAGAUGUACCAGUGAAAGUUCCUCACAGUAUGCUAGUGAGUUUGGGUAAGGAUAUUGGUAAAGAUUGGGACAUUGACUAUAAACUGGAAUUAGGUCUCGCCAUUGACCUUCCAGUCAUUGGAAAUUUCACAAUUCCACUCUCUCAUAGCGGCGAGAUCAAGCUUCCAUCACUCUCAGACUUAUGGAACGGUGACAAAGAAGAAGACGCUGAAAAAGAGAUCUGAAGUAGCAUAAUAGCGCGCGCUAAUAAUACUUAAUAAUUACUACUAAUUAAUGCUUUGGUUUUAUUAUGGGUGUUUUUUUGUAUUUUG